UUCCUCUCCCGAUGGUCUUAACCCAGAAUCAAGGUGUAUUGUGAUAGUUGGUGAUUUCAAUAUUCCUUCGAUCUCCUGGUCGGACAAUGAUUCAACUCCCAUUAGUUCAGGUGGUUGUGCGAACAGCGAAGUCCUUUGUGAACUUAUCGGUGACAAUUUUUUGCAACAAUUCGUAGAGGGUCCAACUCACUCCGCGGGUAACAAGCUUGACUUGUUCUUUUGCAAUCGUGCCGAGGUAAUAUCAAAUGUACUAACAUCUCCCUCCGAUGAACAUAACUUCUCUACCGAUCACUACAUCAUUGAAUUCAAUAUUAGUACCAAGUUCACAAGAGCAAAACCUGUGCGACGCGUUAUUUACGACUACAACCACGCUGACUUCCCUACACUACGUAGAGCCUUGUCAGAAACAUCCUUAGACAUUACUCUAACGGGCAGUAUCGAUGAUUGCUGGUGGAAAGACACAUUUUUGUCUAUCGUGACCAGUUUUGUUCCUAUAAAAACUAUACAGGGCACCAACUUCCCUCCCUGGAUAGAUGGUGAAGUUCGCUACCUUAUACGUAAGAAAUACAUUGCGUUGAGGAAAUACCGAAAGAACAAAACAGCGAGUAUUGAGUAUUUUGUGUCAGCAAAUAGUAGCAAAUCAAAUACGCAAUUAGAGCUAAACAUAAAUUGUAUCUCGCGAAAAUUGAAGCGUCACUCAAUGAAAACCCGAAGAUGGUCUGGAGUUACCAUAAAGCCAUUCUUCACCACCAAACUUCUCUCAAUCCAACUAUAA